CGGAAGGGCCGGUGGAUGGGCGCGCGCCUGGCGGAAGCUGCGUACUCCCCGCAGUGGACAGCAAGUGUUGGACAGUGCAAGAGCCGCAGCUUCGGGAGGAAGGGAAGGGCUCAGGAGUCCGGCACUGGGGCCAGAAGUUCUCUGGAUCACUGCCGUCAAGGGAGAGAGCAAAUUUUCUAUUUUGUACAUACCUUGUUUUGUAUAUACUGUAUAUGAUGACUUCGGUGGGCAGUGAACGUACCCGGGGCACUCGGGACAAAACGCAAAUAUCAACCACACAGCCAACACAACCACAGAAACAAGUUGUACAGGCAACAGCAGAACAAAUUCGCCUUGCUCAGAUGAUCUACGAUAAGAACGACGCAGAUUUUGAAGAUAAAGUGAAACAACUUAUGGAAGUGACGGGGAAAAACCAGGAUGAGUGCAUAGUGGCACUACAUGACUGUAAUGGGGAUGUGAACAGAGCAAUCAACGUACUGCUGGAAGGAAGUUCAGACACGACUUCUUGGGAGACUGUAGGGGGAAAGAAGAAAAGCCUUGGAAAAGAAAGUUCAGAGAACAAAGAGAACAGAGAAAAACGAGGGGACAGAGAAGUGAGUAGUCGCGGACGGGGAAGUUCCAACAGACGGGGAAGAGGAGGCAGCCGUGGCCGAGAGUUCAGAGCUGAAGAAAAUGGAGUGGACAACAAUCAAGGAGACAGGCCUUCAGACCGUGGGAAACGUGGCCGUGGGAGAGGGUUUGGACGUGGCAGAGGGAGAGGAGCGGGGAGGUUUUCAGCCCAAGGCAUGGGGACGUUUAACCCUGCAGACUAUACGGAGUCUUCUGCCACUGAUGGCUUUGGGACAAAAUCAGAGAUUUGGGAGACUGGUCAGAAUGAUGCAGAUGAUGGAACUGGAGCAUGGAAAAACUCAAUAGAAGAAUGGACAGCAGAAGACUGGAAUGAAGAUCUUUCUGAAACAAAAGUCUUCACUGCUUCCUCUGUUCCAGCUGAGAAUCAUGUGACUCCUGGUCAAAGCAUUGAUUUGGUAACACUACUUCAAAAGCCUGUGACUUCUGCCCAAGAGACAGAAGGCAACUCAUUUGAGGCUCCCCAGCAGCAGACCUUUGGCCAAGCCCUAGUCUUCACAAAUUCUCAGCACAGCACCCAGAUGGCAUCAGGAACUGGCAGCUCCAGUGCUGUAAAAUCUUAUUCUUCUCAAAGCCUGUCUGCAGUUCUUUGUUCUGGCUUUGGAGAACUUGGAUCCUCUAAAUUGCCCAACUCUACUGGAUCCCAAAUCUUAGACCAGUUGAAAUCUCCAGGAUUGGGUCAAUUUACCUCUCAACAAAACAACAAUAAUAGCUCUACCACCACUACCGCAACUACAACAUCAUCCUGGGAUCUGAAACCGCCCAUUACCCAGUCGUCAGUCCUUAGUCAGUUUGACUUUAAAUCCCAGCCUGAUCCAUCCCCAGUUCUGAGCCAGCUGACCCAGCGACAGCAACAACAAACGCAGGCAGUCCCUGUUCCUCCUCCUGGGCUGGAGUCCUUCUCCCCCCAGGUAAAACUCCGCGAGCCAUCACCAGUAGACACCUCUACAGCUGUCAGCAAAAUGUUACAGCUCCCCACUCUAUCUAUGGAUAACCAGACAGUGACUGCCAAUCAAGCCCAGCAGAAACAGAUAAAACCACCAAAACGGAGGAUAGCUCCAGCAUCCAAGAUUCCUGCCUCUGCAGUGGAGAUGCCUGGAUCAGCGGAUGUGACAGGGUUAAAUGUUCAGUUUGGAGCUCUGGAGUUUGGAUCAGAGCCUGCACUCCCAGAAUUUGGAUCAACUUCAAGCAAUGAGAAUACCAGCCAGGCGACUAACAAUAGCUUGUACUCAAAAUCUGUAAAUGAUCCUUUGAAUACCUCUUUGCCAAUAUCCAAUACAGUACAGGAGUCCACCUACACAACCUCUGCCAUCACCUCUUCCAGUCUGACCUGCUCAUCCCAGAGCACUAGCCCAGUAACAACAACUUCCUCCUAUGACCAGACUUCUGUGCAUAGUAGGAUAGCGUACCAAAGCUCCAUGGCUCCGUCUGAAUCAACCUCUGUUGCAGUUACGAACGGGCACAGUGGUGUUAGAACACAGGCAACUCUUGACACUAAUUCAUCAGUUUCAGCGCCUAAGACAGAGCCUUCUCCCUCACUACCUUCUGCUGGGUCUCUGCCUAGUGUGGUGUCCACCACUGCUUCGCUUCUGCCUUCAGCAUCGCAGCACGCAGCAACAUUGCCCAGCUUGCCUCAGUCCAGUGAUCUGGCCAGCAGCUCACUUUCUCAGUUAAGCAGCUCUCUGUCCAAUCAUCAGAGUAGCCUCUCCCCUGCCUCAGUGUUGUCUUCAAGCACAUCACAUGCACACACUGGUGUUGAGAACACAUCUUCGCUCCAGCCCUCAACAACCUUUUCAACUGCUUCAACCUCAGCCACUAGCACCACCUCUUCAGUUGUCAGCAUGGCAAGCAGUAUGAACACUACAAACAGCCUUGGCCUGAGCGUUACCAGUGUGUCUAUACCAGCUGCUACCACACGGGCAGCUCCCUUAGUGUCUUCAGGCAAAGCUCCCCCAAACCUGCCCCAAGGUGUACCGCCCUUGUUGCAUAACCAGUAUAUUGUGGGACCUGGAGGACUUCUGCCUGCCUACCCACAGAUUUAUGGUUAUGAUGAUCUCCAGAUGCUUCAAUCCAGGCUACCAAUGGAUUACUACGGAAUUACAUUCCCUGCUCCUGCAACCUUGACGGGCAGAGAUGGGAGCCUUGCUAACAAUCCGUACUCAGGUGACGUAACAAAAUUUGGCCGUGGGGAUUCUGCCUCCCCUGCUCCUGCUACCACGCUCGCCCAGCCGCAGCAGAACCAGACGCAGACUCACCAUACAACUCAGCAGCCCUUCCUCAACCCGACCCUGCCCCCAGGGUACAGCUACACUGGGUUACCUUAUUAUGCUGGUGUGCCCGGUGUACCCAGUGCAUUCCAGUAUGGGCCAACCAUGUUUGUGCCUCCAGCAUCUGCUAAACAGCAUGGAGUCAACCUGAACACCGCAUCAACUCCUUUCCAGCAAGCAAGUGGCUAUGGGCAGCAUGGCUAUGGAGCAGGCUAUGAUGACUUAACGCAGGGAACGGCAGCUGGAGAUUACAGCAAAGGAGGCUACAGUGGGUCAUCUCAAGCACAAAACAAAUCUGCUGGCACUGGACCUGGGAAAGGUGUUUCUGUGACCUCAAGUAACACAGGUGUGCCUGAUAUCAGUGGCUCAGUCUACAACAAGACUCAGACGUUUGACAAGCAGGGAUUCCAUGCUGGCACGCCACCUCCUUUCAGCCUGCCCUCUGCUCUUGGAUCGACUGGGCCCCUGAACCCUGGUGCUGCCCCGGGUUAUGCUCCAGCCCCGUUUCUGCAUAUCCUGCCUGCUCAUCAGCAGCCUCAUUCCCAGAUGCUGCAUCACCAUCUUCAGCAAGAUGGGCAGGGUGGAUCUGGCCAACGCAACCAACCCAGCACCAUGCAGCAAAAGUCUCAGGCUACCAAAACCGCCUACGGCACUUCUCCAUACUGGACAAACUAAA